GAUUAAAAUAUUGGUAUUUUUAGAAAUUAUGAACUAAGUUCGAAAGAAGAUUAUGUCAAGAUGUCGUUAACUGUUCAACAGCUGCUGUCUGAUGCAAGGCGUCUGUCCAACAGACUAAAGGAUCAUGAUCAGAGUGCAGAUCAUCUUAUUACAAGGAGUUCUGAAGUACUGCAGGAGGUUGAAGGGAUGCGGGAGUACCAGGAGAAUAUAGAAAACUUGAAUGAGGUCGCGCAUAACCGUCCACGUGCUCAUCUUGUACUAGGUAUUCAGCAGGAAAACCGUCAUAUUAGAAGUUUACAACAAGAAAAUAAGGAGUUAAGAACUGCUCUAGAGGAACAUCAAUCCGCCCUGGAGUUGAUCAUGUCUAAAUACAGGGCUCACAUCACUAGGCAUGGGUUAACAAACAGUGGUGAUAUGGUUGAAUAUGGAACAGAAAACAACUCACAGUUUCUGCAAAUCCAAACUGAAAAGGUUUGCGAGAUGGCAGCUGUUAUGAAAGAAGCCUUGAAGCUUGACAUAGAAAAGGAAGGACAGAAUCAGGAGCUAAUAGCUCGUCUUUAUACUGAGAAUAAGGGUUUACGGGAGAUGUUGGGUAUAUCCCGGAAGCACAGUUCCCUGGCAGUCGACAGGAAACCUGUUCUCAGUAUAGAUCAGGGAGUACAGACUGAUGGUCAAGGCGAGGAUACUCAUAUAAACCUAGAGAUAACUCUCCCCCUCCCUGCCCCGCCCCCUAGACUCAACAGGGGCGGAGCUAACCAACCAGAGAUACAUAAACCGGUCAGUCCGGAUCUAGGUCGUGAUAUAUCAAUGUCCCCUGUUGAUGCAGGAAACUCGGAAGCAUCGGAAUCUGACGAAACCUCAGACGAUGAUUCCAUCAAGUUUGAUACAAUCAAACUUUCACGAAGAAAAACCGUCAUUCCUGCCGAAACCGGGUCGGUUCCGUCUCGGGAACCAUCUCAAACUGAGCAUACGGCAUCCGCCUCUAUUCCGACUAAACCUCAAUCACCGGAAAAUUCUAGUUCAGCUGAUUUGUUCAACAAAAUUAAUAAUAACCUACCAUGCAAAGUUCCACCGGCUCACACAGAAAAUUCUUCCCAAAUAUUUUCAAAUCCUAAAGCAGAUCCUUCAGUUUCAUCUAAAAGUUCUCUGUCUGCAAAAGAUAGAAAGUCGGGCGGAAUUUCUAAAACAGAAAUCCGCAAUUCUUCCGGAGAAAAAGUAAAAGAUGGCGCAUCUGAAAGUUCUCUUGAUACUCCCAAAAGUUCCCUUCCCUCUUCCGCUGCUCCUACAAUAGAUACUCCUGUUUCUUUAGAAGCCUCUCUUCCAAAUGAAACAUCAGCAGAAAAAGCGCCGCCACCAGCAGUUGAAGCAGAAGGAUCAUCGAAAGCCGCUGAAACAGAAAUAGCGCCGGUUAAAGAAGUAUCUUCUGAAGUGUCCGAAACAGUAAAGGAAGUUAAUAUUAAUGAAACUGGAAAAGAAUUAGAGGUUAAGGCAAUAACUAAUUGUGAAAGUAUAAUUAACGAUAUCAUUACUCAAUCAAUGAACACUAGUCAUAAUAAUUAAGACUGCAUGCAUUGCGAACCAUUUGUACUUUUACCUAUCAUUUAAGAAUGCACGUUUAUGUACAUUCUUCGCGUAUCGUACUGUUCUUUUUUGAUAUAAUAUAAUCGCGAUAAAAAACUGUUUAAUUUAGAAUUAUCUUAUGUACUAUGAAGCUGAUUUCAUUGAUAUUUUAUUACUACCAAGUUUAGACGAUUUCUUUGAACCAAUCAUGAUAAUAUCUCGCCUGUUAAUGUUUAUGUUUUCAUGCACUUUCUUAUUUUGUAAUUAUGAUUCAUCGUCAUUUCAAAUAAAUAUGUUAAAGCUAACAAAUAAACAUGAUUCUGCAGGAUGUUA